UCAUGCGCCAAUGGAAUCACUCCGAGAAGCGUCACUUUGACUUUCACACUGGUGUUGUAAGGUACCGAUUUAUUCUGCAAAUUUAAUUUUUGUUGAAAAGUUCACAUAAAACAUGGCACGUACCAAGCAGACGGCGCGUAAAUCUACGGGAGGUAAAGCUCCUCGUAAGCAGCUUGCCACCAAAGCGGCGAGAAAAUCCGCCCCAUCAACUGGAGGAGUCAAGAAACCCCAUCGUUAUCGUCCUGGUACAGUAGCCCUCAGAGAAAUCAGGAGAUACCAAAAAUCCACUGAAUUGCUCAUCAGAAAACUGCCUUUCCAACGAUUAGUGAGAGAAAUAGCACAGGAUUUCAAAACUGAUCUCCGUUUCCAGUCUGCUGCAAUUGGAGCUUUACAGGAAGCAUCUGAGGCCUAUUUAGUAGGUCUUUUUGAAGACACCAACUUGUGCGCUAUCCACGCCAAGAGAGUCACAAUUAUGCCUAAAGACAUUCAGUUAGCGCGCCGAAUCAGAGGUGAACGUGCUUAAACGUCAAAAUCUUUCAUUCAGCACCUUUUUUCAUUCAUUGUAGAUUUUAUUUUGUUUUUGUACUCAUUGUUUGUCUCAUCAUACAUUAUAACUUACAUAACAUUAUCCUGCCAUGUUACAAAAAAGAACAUACAUUUUUAUGUUUUUAAUGAUGAAAUAUCAAAUAGAAAUUGUUCUCUGAGCAUUGUCAAAUGUUUGAUCGACGGAAUGGCAGCACUGCUUUGAAUAUUUUUUAAUUUUUGAUUCAUAAUAAUAAAGGUAUGUGUUCAGUUACUUUAUAUGUGGUUUCCAUUUUUACUUAUAAAUUUGUGCAGGAUGGAUAGGUGUCUGUAGAUUUUAAGUUAAAGUUAAGUAAUUUGUGUUUAUAUUAUACUUUAGAUUAGAUUUUUUUUAGGACUUGUAACCUGAUGUAUUCAAAAUAAAACAUUCAUGUGACUAA